CUGUAAUUUUACUUGCUUGACUUUUAGCAGAAUAUAAAUAAUUCUUAGUUAUUCCAUCUCAUGAUGGCAACCAGUAAUAGUAAAUCCGAUGAAGAAGUCAAACAGGACACAAGUGAUUCGGAUGGUGCAAUUUUACAAGCAAUGCAAAACCAGGAAAUUGAUGAAGCGAUAUAUGCAAUGCAUAAUCAAAUACAGAAAGAUAUAGCAAAAGAAAACGAAUUGGUUAGUGAUAAGAUGGAAAUCAUGCAACUACAAAACGAAUAUGCUGAAGAUGAUGCUGUAUAUUUACAAAAAGUGAAGAUUCUUUCAGAGAAGUACAGCCAUGUUAGAAAGACAAGGGGAGAUGGUAAUUGUUUCUAUAGAGCUUUUGGGUUUGGUUAUCUUGAGUAUCUGCUGCAAAAUAAAGAUUGUUUUUCUGGGUUCAGAGCAAAAGCUUCAGAAACCAAAGACAAAUUAGAAAAAUUAGGUUAUCCUUCAUUCACUGUGGAAGAUUUUCAUGAUCAAUUUAUAUCAGUUGUGGAUUCUGUAGGAUCUGGAAUAACGGUAGAAGAACUUUUGCAAACAUUCAGAGAUGAAGGAAUCUCUAAUUAUUUAGUUGUUUAUUUACGAUUGGUUACUUCAAGUCAUUUACAACAAAACAGUGAAUUUUUUCAGAACUUUGUUGAUGAGUAUAGAACUGUUGAAGAUUUCUGUAAAGGGGAGGUUGAACCAAUGGAUAGAGAGAGCGAUCAUAUUCAUAUUAUUGCGACAACAACUGCCUUAAAUCUCAGCAUUCGAGUAGCCUAUGUAGAUAGAACUAAUUCGGAAGAAAUUAUUUACCACGAUUUUCCUGAAGGAUCAAGACCGCAAUUACAUUUAUUGUAUCGACCUGGUCACUAUGAUAUAUUAUAUCCAAGAUGAACAAAAAAGGAUGUAAGACUCGUAUACAUAUAAGCAAUGUUGCUACACAUGCACCUACACAUCUAGUCCAAGAUUCUGCUGCUGUGAUGCCCAAUACUUGCUGCAAGUCUUUUUUUAUGCUUGCCAUCAGAAGUAAAGAUUCCUAGUGUGGUAUUUUAACACUGACAGCUGAAAUUCAUCUGAGUGAAUGUGGAUCAAUUUGAUCAUACCGCAAAUGCCCAAAUUGUGUGUGGUUUAUAUGGUAUUUAUAGCUUAUUUAUGUUUUUUACUAUAUACAUGCGGAUUUUGAUGACAUUAUCUUCUUGAGAGCAUCUUUCAUGUGUUAAUAUAUCUGCUAAUUAUAGAAUACUUUGUUGAUA